AUGUCUGUUCCCAGUGAGUCAGAAAUGGACCGUGCUAUGCGAAAAUGGAAGAUGUUAUUCGAGUUUUUAGACUUGGAUGGAGAUGGCUUCCUCAAACUGGAAGAAUUCAUGGAAUUCCCCACGCAGCUUAUCAAAGUGGGAAAAGUCGACCUGGGAUCACAUUUGGCUAAAGUCUACAAAAGUCACUGGGACAAAGUUUGUCAAGCUGUAAAUCUUCCACCAGGACAACAGAAGAUUGGUGGUGAUCUUUGGAUAAAAGGAUUCCAUGUGGUCAACCAAUCGAAAUGGUUUCAAAGUAACUUUGUCCCCACCAUGUCUAAAGCUUUCUUUGACAGUAUGGACAAGAACGGGAACAAUCUGAUUUCACUGGAGGAAUGGAGGGAGCAUUAUAACUUGAUGGGCGCUAACGAUGAAGAGUUCAUCCGUCAAUCAUUCGCCAAGAUGGACGAAAACGGGGACGGCGAAAUCAGUAGGGAGGAAUUCGAUCACGCUUUCUGGUCUUUUAGCAACUACCAUGGCCCAGAUAAGGACUUUUCAUUUCUGUACAACAAAUUUAAGUAG